CUGACUUUCGCUAGACUAAAUGAGUUAGCAAGUUUCGACUUUCGGAAUGAUCAGCAAGCUGGACAGUGUGCUCAUGACCCAGAGGAAAUUUAUCUUCCAUUAUAAGAAUGUGCGCUGGGCCCGAGGGAGACAUGAGACAUACCUUUGCUUUGUAGUAAAGAGACGCACCGGCCCUCAAUCCCUCUCUUUUGACUUUGGGCACCUGCGCAAUCGCUCCGGCUGCCACGUAGAGCUGCUCUUCCUACGUCACUUGGGUGCGUUGUGUCCGGGGCUGUGGGGCUCCAGUGUGGACGGUGCUGGAAUGCGUUACGCAGUGACCUGGUUCUGCUCCUGGUCGCCCUGCUCUAAAUGCGCUGAUCAACUUGCCCACUUCCUGUCACAGACGCCCAAUCUGCGUCUGAGAAUCUUUGUGUCACGCCUUUACUUCUGUGACGAUGAGGACAGCCGGGAGAGGGAAGGACUGCGACACCUGAAGAGGGCAGGAGUGCAGAUCUCUGUCAUGACUUAUAAAGACUAUUUCUACUGCUGGCAAACAUUUGUUGCACGGAGGGAGAGGAGAUUUAAAGCCUGGGAUGGCCUUCACCAAAACUCUGUCCGACUCGUUCGAAAACUCAAUCGGAUCCUGCAGCCCUGCGAGACUGAGGAUCUGAGGGACGGUUUCGCUCUCCUCGGGCUAUUACCACAAAUAUGAGAUUCGCAAAUCGAUGAACACUGAGAUAUUAACUGAAUGGGAUGAAGAGAAACGGUGCUGUACGACCUGAGACUUGAAUCUUUUGACUUGAAUCUGAUGUAAUACUUGAUUUAAAUCUUGUACUGUAUUGUAUGUAGCAUUAAUGAGAUUAUGUUGGAUGCCAAAAUAA